UGUGGUUCCGUUGAUGUGACUCCAAACAGUCGGCUGCGUUUCUUUCUCAGUCACGUUGUAUACCAUCGUUGCGGUGGCGUAAGAGGUAUUGUCUCUGCCGUUGUUCCCGAAAUGUGUUAUCAAUCCUGUCGGUCCAGAAUCGGAAGCCUGCAGGAAAAUGAGCUGACUCCCUGGCCCCGCGCCCGAUGAUUUCAUACCAGUAUCAGGUCAUGGCCGUCCGUAAAUGGAUUUAUCCGCAUCGUUAGUCAGAAUCAUGAUAUCAUCGGCGUGGGUUGCCUCCAGCAGAGGGCGAUAGGGUUCUCUCCUACCCAUAGAAACGCAAUACCAUAGAUACCUUAGGUACCCAAGGUAUUCGGAGCAUUACCAUGAGCUACGGGAGAGGUGCAGACAGGCAGUUGGAGGGGAGAAAUCUCCCCGGUGAGUCACCUGAUGGGAAAUCGCAAGCCUCAGGCACCGACAGGACAGGGGGCUCCUUCCUUCUUCCUUCACCGCCCCAAAGCAUCACCGUCAAGCCUCCCACGAAGGAGAAAAAUACUCAAGUCUCGCCCUCGAUUGCGGCUGGAGGUUGCUCUGGGCCGUGCUUUGAGGGAGUGGGCUGUCUGUCAAGGUAAGCGAAUCCUUCUGGUACGCUAUUUCCCAAUAAUUAAUCUGUAUUCUUGCAGCGGAGUCGUAUUUCCGUCCAGACGCGUCACGACCUUGCCACCCCGGGAUUCAAACGCUCCACCAACGCCGGGAUUCUGGGCGCUUUGGGCAUCUUGCUGGCUUUCUAUUUAGGUGAUUCUGUAACAUGACAGGCUAGCUAGGACCCAGGCAGCUAGCAGGUUUUCAGUGCAGUCAGGAAAACACUAACGCCAGACUCUCAUAGGCGCUGGUAUGGGCACAGGCCCAGGCACCAUCAGUGGCUGGUUUUGACGGCUAGAUCGAUGCACGCCACAUCGGAUCCGGGUAUGACGUUGUACAUCUCAAGCUUCCCACUGCGUUAGAUGCCGGGCUUCUAUACCGGGACCAUCCAUCGUUGGAAUAAUAUUCAUCCUCUCGAGUCAGGUUAACGAUCGUACGACGGCUUUGGUGCGCCUUGCUGUUGAAC